AUGCUCAUUAAAGAGUAUCGUGUUGUUCUACCGAUGACGGUCGAUGAGUUUCAAGUUGGGCAACUAUAUUCGGUCGCUGAGGCUUCUAAGGCUGAAACUGGUGGCGGCGAAGGUGUGGAAGUUUUAAAAAAUGAACCUUUUGAAGAUGUUCCUUUGCUAGACGGCCAAUAUUCUAGAGGACAGUAUACUUUAAAAUAUUAUCAUUUGCAAUCGAAGGUUCCCCCUCUAAUUCGUAAACUGGCCCCCAAAGGUUCCUUCAAAAUACAGGAAGAAGCGUGGAAUGCUUAUCCUUACUGUAAAACUGUGCUUACGAAUCCAGAGUUUAUGAAAGAAUCCUUCUACGUGAAAAUUGAGACCAUACAUUUACCAGAUAGGGGUACGACAGAGAACGCUCACUGUUUGAGUCCAGAGUUAUUAGCGCAGCGAGAAGUUGUUUACGUAGAUAUUGCGAAUGAUAGGGAGUACCUUAGUCGGACGGACAUAUCACCUGAAACGACUCCUUCUAAAUUCCAUUCAGCCAAAACAGGACGUGGUCCGCUGUUGAACAACUGGAUGGAAACCGUUGAGCCUGUUAUGUGUGCAUAUAAAUUGGUUACAAUUUAUUUUAAGUGGUUUGGAUUACAAACAGUAGUGGAGAGAUUUGGACAUUCGCAGUAUCCUCGACUGUUCUCAAAAUUUCACCGAGAAGUGUUUUGCUGGAUUGAUAAAUGGCACGGAUUAACGAUGGCUGACAUUCGGCGAAUAGAAGAACAGGUGCAACGUGAAUUGGAUGAGGCUCGGCGGAAAGGUUCAGUUAAAGGAAUGGUUGCAACGUAA